AUGGUAAAAGCAAAGUCUACAAAGACACUGGUGAUCGAGUACAACCCGUCCCAGUGUCUGGACUGGUUGGCGGUUCAGACUCCGAGGAACAAGCUGGCUCACAGCUGGGUUCUGCAGAACAUGGAGAACUGGGUGGAGCGCUUCCUGCUGGCGCACAACUACCCCCGAGUCCGCACAUCGGCGGCGUACCUCCUGGUCUCCCUGAUCCCCAGCAACUCUUUCCGUCAGAUGUUCCGCUCCACGCGCUCGCUGCACCUGCCGACCCGCGAGCUGCCGCUGUCGCCCGACACCACGGUGGUUCUGCACCAGGUGUACAACCUGCUGCUGGGGCUGCUGGGCCGCGCCAAGCUGUACGUGGACGCCAGCGUGCACGGCACCACCAAGCUGGUGCAGUACUUCAGCUUCAUGACGUACUGCCUCAUCUCCAAGACGGAGAAACUCAUGUUCUCCGGAUACUUCAUGGACCUCUGGAACCUCUUCCAGCCCAAACUCUCGGAGCCGGCCAUCGCCACGAACCACAACAAGCAGGCUCUGCUCUCGUUCUGGUACAACAUGUGCGUGGACUGUCCGGAGAACGUGCGUCUGGUGGUGCAGAACCCCGUGGUGACGAAGAACAUCGCCUUCAACUACAUCCUGGCCGACCACGACGACCAGGAGGUGGUGCUGUUCAACCGUGGCAUGCUGCCCGCCUACUACGGCAUCCUGAGGAUGUGCUGCGAGCAGUCGCCAGCGUUCACCCACCAGCUGGCAUCGCACCAGAACAUCCAGUGGGCCUUCAAGAACCUCACGCCACACGCCAGCCAGUACCCCGGCGCGGUGGAGGAGCUGUUCAACCUGAUGCAGCUGUUCGUGGCUCAGAGAGCCGACAUGAGAGAAGAAGAGCUGGAGGACGUGAAGCAGUUCAAGAAAACAACGAUCAGCUGUUACCUUCGCUGCCUGGACGGACGCUCCUGCUGGACCACGCUCAUCAGUGCCUUCAGGGUUCUGCUGGAGAACGACGAGGACCGUCUGCUGGUCGUCUUCAACAGAGGACUGAUCCUCAUGACGGAGUCGUUCAACACUCUGCACAUGAUGUACCACGAGGCCACGGCCUGCCACGUCACCGGAGACCUGGUGGAGCUGCUCUCCAUCUUCCUCUCCGUGCUCAAAGCCACGCGGCCAUACCUGCAGCGCAAAGAUGUGAAGCAGGCUCUGAUCCAGUGGCAGGAGAGGAUCGAUUUCGCCCACAAGCUGCUCACUCUGCUCAACUCCUACAGCCCCCCCGAGCUGCGCAACGCCUGCCUGGACGUUCUGAAGGAGCUGGUUCUGCUGAGUCCUCACGACUUCCUGCACACUCUGGUUCCCUUCCUGCAGCACAACCACUGCACCUACCACCACAGCAACAUCCCCAUGUCGUUCGGCCCCUACCUGCCCUGCAGAGAGAACAUUAAGCUGAUGGGAGCCAAGAACAACAUCCGCCCCCCCAGACCAGAGCUCAACAUGUGUCUACUUCCCUCCAUGGUGGAGAGCAGCAAGGGUAAGGACGAGGUGUACGACAGGAUGCUGCUGGACUACUUCCUGUCGUACCAUCAGUUCAGCCACCUGCUGUGUCGCGUCGCCAUCAACUGUGAGAAGUUCACAGAGACCCUCGUCAAACUGAGUGUGUUGAUAGCGUACGAAGGACUUCCUCUGCACCUCGCCAUCUUCCCCAAACUGUGGACGGAGCUCUGUCAGUCUCAGUCGGCUCUGGCUAAGACGUGUGUGAAGCUGCUGUGCGAGGACCCGGCCUUCAGCGAGUACAUCAAGUGCAUCCUGAUGGACGAGAGGACGUUCCUCAACAACAACGUGGCGUACUCCUUCCUCACGUGCUUCCUGCACAAGGUGCAGGUGCUGUCGGGGCCCAGCUGCUCUAACCUGAUCAGUGUGUUGGUGACGAACCUGCUGAGCGAGCAGAGCAGCCUGCAGCCAGAACUCAUCGCUCACCGCCUGGAGCUCAGCAAGACCAGCGGCCUGCUGAACGCUGACCUGAGGGCGUUGGUGCUGCUGCUCUCCGUCUCCCCCCCCCAGGCCGUGGACCCGGCGCUCGGCCCCGCCCUGCAGGAGCUGCUGGCUCGAUGCAGAGUGUGUGUGCAGCAGCGCAGCGCUCUGGAGCUGGAGGCCAAGGAGCACAAGGCCAAAGCCGAGGAGGAGGGAGCGACUCCUGUGAAACGUCGCAGGGUGAAGCCCGAGCAGCAGGAGGCUCUGACGUCGGACACGGAGACGAGAGACUCCUCCUCCCUCAUCGACCCCGGCACGGAGCAGGACCCCCCCUCUCCUUCCCCCGAGCCCGGACCCCCCACUGCCUCCUCUUCGGGAAACAACAUGGACUCCUCCCCCAAAGAGGAGAAGAUGGAGGCGUCUUCGUCGUCCUCUUCCUCUUCGUUCUCCUCCUCUUCGUCGUCCCUGCUUCAGGAGGCGGGGGAGGAGCCUGAGAGACACAAUGAUGAGGAGGAAGAGGGGAGGAGAGGCAAGGGCCAAUCAGAGGAGGUGCAGGAAGAGAAGGAGGCGGGAUCUAAGACCAGCUUAGCCCCGCUCCUUCCUGAGGACAGUGCCGCCGCCUUCCCAUCAUCCCUUGGGCUUGUGGGGGAGGGGCCAGAGGGCUGCAUAGGCCCCGCCCCCUCCUCUUCCUCCUCCUCCUCUUCCUCCCCGCAGGCGUUCCCGGGCGCCUCCUCCCCCCCCGACAUGCUGGACAUGCUGUACAGGACGGUGGAGGCCACCAUCGCCAUAGUUACCAAACUGUCUGUUAAAGGCCUGCCCACUUCAUGA